UACAUGCGACCGUACAACCGCUCUGAGCCUGUGUUCAUUUUUCUCCAACUGCAGCGACGACACGGAGGAAAACAGACGCCUGUGUUUUCAAGUGAAGUGGCGGAGAAGAUUUCAACCUGUCCGGAAAUCCCAACUUUCCCUCGCCGCACGAACGGCCGGGCUCCCACAUUUAACACUGGAGCUGCCUGGAUGACUUAUUCAAAAACUGCCACUGGAUCAUUUAAGGGGCUGUGUGGCAUUUGUGGACUGCAGAGGACUGGCACAUAGAACAGCUUUCCCUUUGAUAACUCAGUGAAACGGUUUUUACGAUCACAGACGUCACACCGGAGCCAAAGGUGCAGUGGGGGCGAGGCUGCUCUCAGGUCAGAACAAACCUGUCACCAUGGAUGUGGAUGAGGAGGAGAAUAUGAGUUCGAGCAGCACCGACGUUAAGGAAAACCGAAACCUGGACAACGUGUCCGGCAAAGACGGGCUGGGAGUGGCUGAACAGCUCCCCAAUGGAAGUGGUCUGGGCAGUCGAAAGCGCCCCCUAGAGGAGGGAAACAAUGGUCACACACACUCCAAGUUCCGGGCCAAGAAGCGAAAGAAAACACCAGGGCCAGUCCUGCCCAAGAAUGCCCUGAUGCAGCUGAACGAAAUCAAACCGGGUCUACAGUACAAACUGCUGUCUCAGACAGGACCGGUCCAUGCACCAGUUUUUGUCAUGACUGUGGAAGUCAAUGGACAGAUGUUUGAGGGCAUGGGCCCAACAAAGAAGAAAGCUAAACUGAAUGCAGCUGAGAAAGCACUGCGUUCCUUCGUCCAGUUCCCCAAUGCCUCUGAGGCACACCUGGCCAUGGGUCGAACACUGACAGUGAACACAGACUUUACAUCUGACCAAGCUGACUUCCCAGAUAUGCUCUUCAACGGCUUCGAGACACCAGCCACACCUGAAGAAUCCUUCUAUCUAGGCUCCAAUGGUAGCAGCUCAUUAAACUCACUAGGGGAGUACCCACUGCCCACACCACCUGGCAGCAACCUUGUCCAGGCCCCAUUGCCCCCUCCAUCGGCAUUCAGCUCACCCUCCAGUGGCAAAAACCCAGUCAUGAUCCUCAAUGAGCUCAGGCCAGGCCUCAAAUAUGACUUUGUCUCAGAGAGCGGGGAGAGUCAUGCCAAGAAUUUUGUGAUGUCAGUAACAGUGGAUGCACAGACGUUCGAAGGCUCAGGGCGCAACAAGAAGCUGGCUAAAGCCCGGGCAGCACAAGCCGCCCUCUCAGCUCUCUUCAACAUGCAGCUAGACCAGACACCAUCCCGGCAACCCAUACCAAGAGAGGGAUUACAGCUUCACCUACCCCAGGUUCUGGCUGAUGCUGUCUCUCGCCUGGUGGUGGAUAAGUUCAGUGAGCUGACAGACAACUUCACCUCCCCCCAUGCACGACGGAAAGUCCUAGCAGGGGUCGUCAUGACAACAGGGACAGAUGUGAAGGAAGCACAGGUCAUUUGUGUCUCCACAGGAACCAAAUGCAUCAAUGGUGAGUACAUGAGUGACCGUGGCCUGGCACUCAAUGACUGCCACGCUGAGAUAAUCGCCCGACGCUCGCUCAUCAGGUACCUCUACACUCAGCUGGAGUUCUUCCUCAGCCCUGUCUGUUGUUAUAGCAACAUCAAGGAGGACCACCAGAAAUCGAUAUUCGUGCACUGUGACAAGGGAGGCUACAGGUUAAAGGACAAUGUUCAGUUCCACCUCUACAUCAGCACCUCGCCCUGCGGAGAUGCCAGGAUCUUCUCCCCACACGAGGCCGGAGUAGAAGACCAAGGAGACAGACACCCAAACCGGAAAGCACGGGGCCAGCUAAGGACCAAAAUUGAGUCGGGGGAAGGCACCAUCCCUGUGAGGUCCAGCAACACCAUCCAGACCUGGGACGGGGUUCUGCAAGGAGAGAGGUUACUCACAAUGUCAUGCAGUGACAAAAUCGCAAGGUGGAAUGUGGUGGGCAUCCAGGGCUCUUUGAUGAGCUACUUCACAGAGCCAAUCUACUUCUCCAGCAUCAUUCUUGGCAGCCUUUACCAUGCUGACCACCUCUCCCGGGCCAUGUACCAGCGCAUCGCAGAUAUCGAGGACCUGCCCCAGCAGUUUACUCUCAACAGACCUUUACUCAGUGGUAUAAGUAAUGCGGAGGCCAGGCAGCCAGGCAAGGCACCAAACUUCAGUGUGAACUGGACAGUGGGUGACCAGACCUUGGAGGUGAUCAAUGCAACCACAGGCAAGGACGACAUGGGUCGCGCUUCACGUCUUUGCAAGCACGCCCUCUACAGCCGCUGGGUGCGCCUACACUCUAAGCUGUCAUCCAUCUUGCGGAUCAAGGUGCUCAAGCCCAGCUCCUACCAUGAAGCCAAGCAGGCAGCCACAGAGUACCAUUCUGCUAAGCAGGCACUCAUCAAGGCUUUCCACAAAGCUGGCCUGGGGGCGUGGGUCAAAAAGCCCAUUGAGCAAGACCAGUUCACCCUCAGCUCCUGAGGGAGUCAAGGGACCAAGGGAUUCCUAAACCCCCCACUCCUUCCCCCCUGACCCAGGCCUGAAAGCAAGAGAGCCCCUUAUUAACAGCCAGCCCACACAGACACUUACCUCCGUCCCAUGUGUCGGUGCGCACGUGCACUUUGUUACGUAAUAAACGUGCGUAGUUUCACUACCAUCCAUAGAUCGUCAUUCCCAUUGUCUCAUUCCUCAGAGGACCUCAGCCUCACCAUGUCUUCUCCUUUUAUUUUAAUUUUUAAUGGAUGGUGUUUUUCAUCUACCUGUUUUCUGUUUUAAAAACUGGAAUCCAUGGUUUUUACACCACUCAGUUGUUCAUGUUUCCCAGAGAAAUGUUUUUCAUGUGGAAGUUGUCUAUUUUCUUGAUCAGUUGUAGCCAGUUUAGGGUGAAAUGUAGCCUAGAAACACAGGAUCUUUAUUAAGUAAAACCAAUGUGUAUGGACCUAAGAAUAUAUAUAUAUAUAUAUAUAUAUAUAUAUAUAUAUAUAUGCACACACACACUUGCUAAAAUUAAUGACUAUGAUGAACUUUAAUUUAAAGAUGCAUAAAUCUUCAGGAUGUAAAUCUAGUAUUGAAAAGAAAGAGAACAUAAAAUAGAACAUAUAAAUAAAACAUUUAAUGUGUGUUAUUUGGUUGUGGCUUAGAUGAGACUACAUGUUGUUAGCCCCUGUAUUAAAGAUGAAAAUGUUAUAAAAUACUGUGGCCCUGUUUCAUUCACUAAUUGCAAGGAAUAUACAGUACAGGCCAGGUGACACAGCAGUUUAGUAAACCCUUGAUGAUUGUCAUGUCUCAUUCAUUCAUUCAUGCCCAUGUUCUUUAAGUUAUUUUAUGCCACUCUCAUUUCAUACUUGAACACUGGGGGGUCAUGUUGACUCCUUCCCUCGCCUGGGUCUUGGGACAAGCUUUGGGAGGUGCUGCACGUUGUAUUUUUUUCUUGAUCUAAGCCAUGGCUUUGCAUGGGAACUGAACUGGGAGGCCUGCAGAGCAGAAACCACGCGGUGGAGAGCCCAGCGCAUCCAUCAGUGAAUGAUUUUGAAUGAAUGCCAGCAUCUUCCUCCACAGGCAGCUUUGAAUCUUUGUCUCUGUUUUCUAGAUUUCUUGUGACUUAUUGUUUGUUUGUUUGAUUUUGGGGGAGGGACAGGGACAGUUUUUUUCUUGAUUCUUAAGAUUGGGCAUUUGAGGAGAGGGGAUAAUACUGUAGUGAAAAUAGUGACAGUAUAAACAGACCUCUCAGAUCUUGUCACUAUGUCACUUUGCGGGAGGGAUCCAUGAUCCAUCAUUUGAACUGUUAAUAGAAGACAUGGUCUAUGUACUGUGGAGCCACACAAAAGUACAGCAUAAGUAUUAUUAACUAGAUGCCACAGUCUGUACUGAUGGUUUCAGAUGCGAACAUGUUGUAUCCCUCCACAUGAUUUUCUUUGGAAACACCUAGAGGAGCAGUGAAGUAUCAUGCAGUCCCGUUAUGAACAGACUCAAAGUUGUAUGCUAAUGCAGUAUCUGAUCAACUCUACCAGUAGGUUGCAACCAAAUGUGUCACAACGUGAUGUCAUUGUCGUCCUCCUCUCCUCUACUUUGGGAAACACGUUAGUUGCGUAGUUCAAGAAGACCUUUGUGAUUCGGUUUGACACCUGUACGCCCUCAGUGCAUAAAUGUCCUCCUGUUUGGAAUGUGUAAAUGAGGACACGUUUCCAAGUAACUGCAGUGAAUUCCUAUUCCAAGCUGUAGGAGAUGUUUGUGUGUGUACAUGUGUGUGUAUGUGUGUGCAAUUUAUGUGUGUGCUCAGGCGUCUUUAAGCAGCAUACUCUGUGGAAUCUUCACCAAAGAUGAUGAUGUCCAUGUGUGUUUCUGUCCCAGUGUUUUCCUUACUAAGAUUAAGAUUUUUUUUUUUUUUUUUAAACCAGCCCUUUACUGUUUGGUUUUUGUAUAUCCACUGAACAAUGUACUUUUUGAUUUAGACAAAAACAGUGUAUUCAACUCAAUACGGGGGAAAUUGAAUUGUCAGGCUUCUUCUUUAGUGCAUCUGUUGCUGUCAGUGGCCACGUGUAUAUUGUGACCUGCGAUCAUUAUUGCUGCAGUAUAAUAGUUCUGUGUGUGUUAGGAACAACAAAAAUGACUAAUUUUGUUCCCUGUACAAUCAAUGCAUCCCACUCUCUUGAAAACUGUUUUAGAUCUUUCCUGGUUGUUGGGAUAGUGAAGAUGUUAAUGUUCCUAAGUAAGUAUUAGUGGUUCUGUGUGACUCACUGGGCACCAUAAAGCAUGGCACUAACACUGCCGGGGUUAUUACAGGCUUCAUCCCAAUUGUAGCCACCCAUGUUUAAGAAAAAUAUGCAUUGUAAGGUGCCUCCGCUACAAGUGGCAUCCACCAGCUGGCAUGUGUGAUGUCAUAUAUGUACCUUUUUCACUUAUAUUUGGUUGUUUUAUGAGUCAGUAUUAGCGAAGAAGACAAAGAGAAUCUCCCAGAGAUGACAUGAAGGUAAAAACCUUGAAAACAGUGGCAUCCAGUGCCCCCUGACAAACAGACCCAUACCAAAGUCACAAGCAAUACUCCUGAUGUCUCCUUUAAUGUCACCCCAUCACAAACAGGAAUCUGAAUUAAGUUUUCCUCCCCCUUUGCUGCUCCAGUCUUUUGUCUCCUGUUGUAUUCUCUCUCCACAAAGCUGUC